GACUUGGACGGGUAUAAGAAGGCCUCUUCGUUGCGGCAACCCCAUCCCGUCUAAAUACUUUUGUCAGCACCGGAACCCGCUCAAGCCCAGCACAGCGCUCGCAACAGACACACCAGCCAACAAAGAGACACGAUGCACUUCCGGGUCGCAGUCGUGCUCGCGGCGGCGCUGGCCGCAUCGACGGCGGCGGGCCAGAACUGCCCCGUCGUGACCAAGACGGAGCUCGCGGCGUCAUGCGGGCGGCGCUGCAGCAACCCAGACUGCAUGCUCGUCACGACCAUCCAGAACCCGUGCAACUGCCCCAGGGCGGUGCCGACGGCGACGCUCAUCGCGCCGUGCCAGGCCGAGUGCCCGUACAACGGCUGCGGGCUCGAGGUGCGCACACUCAACCAGCCGUGCCAGCCGACUACGACAUCGACAUCGACAUCGAGGAAGACAUCGAGAUCGACGACGCGACGGGCCACGCCCACCACCACCACGUCGCAGUCGGUCAGCUGGGGCAUCACGCUGCUGCCGCCGCCGGUGACUUCGACAACCAAGACAACUCCACAGCCGGCGGCGUGUCCAACGGUGACGCAAAUCACGCGGCCCAACGGGUGUGAAGCCAUCCGCUGCCCGGUGCCCAACUGCGUGCAGCAGGAACAGCUGGUGGUGCCUUGCGGCUGCUCGGGCCCGCGCACGCUGCUCGAGGUGCGGGGCUGCCAGACGGCGUGUCCUGAGGGAUGUAUGACACGCACCCAGACCGUCAGCGAGCGGUGCUGAGGGGUUCAUCUUGGAGGACCAUGUAUCGAAUGUGUUCAUCUGAAUUCACACGCACCGAAUUGAGUUCAUCUUCGCCUGCCAAGCCUCUGCUCAACCCCUGUACGGCCAGGGGCUAUGCCUGUAUCAGGAAGUACCAUGUGACCCAU